GCUUCUCAGUGGCACUUCCGGAGGCGGAGUCCCGUGGCCGUGGGCGGAAGGUGGGCCCCGGAUGAGGGCCCCCUGGGUGAGGGCCCCGGAUGAGAGCCCCGGAUGUGGCAACUUUGACCCAGAUGCCAAAGACCAAGAUGCCUUUUCCCUCAUCUUUAAAUGGCAGAGACAGAUGGAAUUUUCAGAUCUAUCACUAAAAAUGGAGAGAAAUGAGGAAAGAAAAUUUAAUAGUUGGAAGGUGAAGAUAAGAACAGCAACACAAGUGCUAACAAUAUAAGUGCUAUGAGAUGGGGACCAAAAAAUGGGGCUAUCAGGAAAGGCUAAAUGGGUUUCAGUAUUUUUAAAAUAUAAAUACAUGUUUUAAUUUUUUUUUUCCUCUGUGCCCCAGUGGGUAAUCCUGUCCACCAUACUUGGUCACUUUAAGAGUGACCAGAUUGCUUUUUUUAAAAAAAAAUGUUUUUUAAUGAUUAUUUUUGAGAGAGACAGAGCACAAAUGGGGGAGGGGCAGAGAGAGAGGGAGGCACAGAAUCCAAAACAGACUCCAGGCUCUGAGCUGUCAGCACAGAGCCCAAAACGGGGCUCAAACCCACGAACCAUAAAAUCGUGACCUGAGCCGAAGUCGGACGCUUAACUGACUGAGCCACCCAGUCACCCCCUGAUAGCUUUUUUUAUAGUGACUAGGUGGCAGUGUGGCAGCACAGGACCCUGGGCUUCAGACUUGGGUUUGAGUAGUGAAUCUGUUUCGUUAUGUUGUUAGCACAGUAAUCUUUCUCAGCUUCUUAAAAUAGGGGUACUGGUAUCUUUCAUAAGGUUCCUGUGGGUAUUAAAUGGGCUGUAUACAUAAAAUAAUGCGAUGUACUGAAUGUGCCUACACACAGCUAACAUGAAUGGCAGUUAUCCGGCAUCUACUGUGGCAUGCCAUUGGAUUUAGUGAAUUGUCUUCAUGCUACUUGGAUGAGAUGUUAGCAGCAUGGCAAUACAAUGUUACUUUUUCAUACUGCUAUUUUAAAUUUUUUCUGCUCAGCAGGAUAGCAAAAACCGGCCUCAUAAAACAUCUAGGACCUUAUUUGGAUCAAGUGAGCCAGUUCUUCGAACCUGAACAAUGACUGCUGAAUCAAGGGAUACCGCAGAUUUGUCUCCACAGACCACCCAGGAGGUGGAAGGCAUAGUCAUAGUGAAAGUGGAGGCGGAAGAUGAAGAUGAGGAAGGCCAUUUUCAAAGGGGAAGAAAUAGCAUAGAAUUAUCCCCACAAUUUAUUAGUCGGUCCACAACCAUGAAUGAGAGAGCCUUAUUAUCAUCAUAUUUGGUUGCCAAUCGAGUGGCAAAAGAGAAAAUGGCUCACACGGCUGCUGAAAAAAUUAUUCUUCCAGCAUGUAUGGAUAUGGUACGUACAAUUUUUGAUGAUAAAUCAGCUGAUAAAUUAAGAACUAUACCCCUUAGUGAUAAUACAAUAUCUCGUCCAAUCUGUACAAUUGCAAAACAUUUAGAGGCAAUGCUUAUUACACGGCUGCAGUCUGGUACAGAUUUUGCAAUCCAACUUGACGAGAGCAUGGAUAUUGCAAAUUGCCCAACACUCUUGAUUUAUGUCAGGUAUGUGUGGCAAGAUGACUUUAUAGAGGACCUGUUGUGUUGUUUAAGUUUAAAUUCACUUAUAACGGGAUUAGAUUUAUUUACCGAACUAGAAAAGUGCAUUGUUGGUCAAUAUAAAUUGAACUGGAAAAAUUGUAAAGGAAUUUCAAGUGAUGGAGCAGCAAAUAUGACUGGGAAACACAGCAGGGUUAUUGAAAAAUUGUUAGAAGUAACACAUAACAAGGCUCUUUGGAAUCAUUGUUUUAUUCAUCAAGAAGCUUUGGUGUCCAAAGGAAUUCCACCAGGUCGAAUGGAUGUAUUGAAAAAUGCAGUGAAAAUUAUUAAUUUUAUUAAAGGAAGCUCCUUAAACAGCCGACUUCUCGAAAUAUUUUGUUCACAGAUUGGAGUUAACCAUACCCACUUACUGUUUCAUACAGAAGUCCGUUGGCUGUCUCAAGGAAAAGUAUUGAGCAGAGUAUAUGAACUCAGGAAUGAGAUUUACAUUUUUCUCAUUGAAAAGCAAUCUCAUUUGGCAAAUAUUCUUGAAGAUGACCUAUGGGUAACAAAAUUGGCAUAUUUGAGUGAUAUUUUUGGCAUUCUUAAUGAAUUACAUUUUAAAGUACCGGGGAAGAACAAUGAUAUAUUUCAGUAUCUUGAAUGUAUUCUAGGAUUCCAAAAGACAUUAUUGUUGUGGCAAGCAAGACUUAAAAGCAAUCGCCCUAGCUACUAUAUGUUCCCAACGCUGUUGCAGCAUAUUGAAGAGAACGUUAUUAAUGAAGACUGCUUAAAAGAAAUAAAAUCAGAGAUAUUGAUGCAUCUCACUUCUUUGUCUCAAACCUUUCAUCAUUACUUCCCAGAAGAGAAAUUUGAAUCAAUAAAGGAAAAUAUUUGGAUGAAAGAUCCCUUUGUAUUUCAAACCCCAGAAUCAAUCAUUGAGUUAAACUUGGUGCCCGAAGAAGAGAAUGAAUUAUUGCAGCUCAGUUCAUCCUUCACACUGAGGAAUUAUUAUAAGACAUUAAGUCUAUCAGCGUUCUGGAUUAAAAUUAAAGAUGAAUUUCCACUGCUAAGUGGAAAGAGCAUAUUGCUGCUAUUACCAUUCAGAACUACCUAUUUGUGUGAACUAGGAUUUUCCAUCUUGACACGAUUAAAAACAAAGAAAAGAAAUAGGCUCAACAGUGCACCUGACAUGCGUGUGGCCCUAUCCUCAUGUGUUCCUGACUGGAAUGAACUUAUGAACAGGCAAGCACACCCAUCGCAUUAAGUGUGAUGAGAUGCACUUAAUGAAAAGUGCUAUGAAAUGUGGUUUUUGUACUUUUUAAGGGUUUCUUUGGUAGAUGGUAUUUAUUAAUAAAAUUAUAUUUGGAAUUUA